AUGGCUCCGAGGGCCUCAGCCGAGGCUUCGCAAUCUUCCAGCCUGGACUACCUGAAGGAGUGUUUGAAAGAAGUAAGAUCCAGUGGUUGGUUUUGGAAAACAUGUUUCUCCUCAAGAAUCGAAAGCAGAGCAAGAUGUUCGCAAGGGUUCUUGGAGUCUGACCUAGCUGCAGAUUGCUCGUCGGAGACAGGAGAUGUGGUUGGCCAAAGACUGUUGCGUCAAAAGAGCGAAGAGUCCAUCCAUCGCCUUCAAGAGACAAUCCUUAAACAAUUGGACUUCGAGUGGUGGCUCUGUGGUGCUCCAGGUGAGGAGGUGCUCCCACCAAUCCUUGAGCGCUUGAAGUCCUUCGCGUUGCCCUUAGCGUCCUAUUUGCCUCACCUCUCCUUGCCAAAGAUCAUCCUGCAUUUUGACAGGCCUUUGCGGCCAUUUGCUGUCAGAGACCGAGAUGACCGAGACGGGACUUGGUGGUGGCACAGCAAGUUGAAAGAGGGCGAUGUCCUGGUGGUGGACCAAUUGAGGUCUCUGGUUGAGGAGGUCCAACUACCAGGUGCUGACAUGCUUCAGGAAGCUGAGGAAGCACUACAAAGACUCGAGACCUCAUUGGGCCCAUUGGGUGAUGGUGAUCUUCAAGAAGCACUGGAGAUUUGCAGCCAUUUGGAGCUACAUCUACCGAGCUACGAUUAUCCUAGGCUUGGAGAUCGAUAUCAAGUCCACUUGCGGCCCGCGCUGGUGCGACGCUUCGAGCCGGUUGAGAGCGAUCUGUUGGGGGAAGUGAAGGUGGGCCAUUCGGUGAGCAUCAUCAAACAUGGGACCGAAAGUCCAGGACGUGUUCAGAUCUACACGGAAGAGGCUCUGAUAAUGCCAGGCUACGUCUCCGAUGGUCACGUCCCGGAGGUGCCCACAUCUGGUAUCAGUGGUUGGAUCUCCAGUACCACCUACAAUGGCACGCGUCUACUUGUUCAGACCGAGUUCAAAGAGGCAGCGGUCUUGGAAGCAGCUCGCACCGACCUCACAAGCACCGUCUUGGGCGUUUGUGCUUCGCUCCGCCGUGACCCCGCCCAGAGUGUCCGUGCACCUGCACGCUUGAGCUCUGCGCGGGCACGUGUGCAGGCAAAGAGCGCCGUGGCAGUGCAGUGCGUGGCCGCAAAAAUGCCCGGGCUACCAGAGGUUGGCUUAGUGAUCUUCACUGCCAUCACCUUGCUCUUUGGGUGUUUGCUCUUUUCGGCCUUGAGUGCAGCCACCAGCACGGAGCUGGGUGACCGCAGCCCGGCACCAGAGGAGGGACAGCGGGAGAACUUCCUGAAGCUCCAUGAGAUUGGUCGAAGGGACUGCAAGCUCAUUCCUUAUCCAGAAAUUCCGAACCUCACGCGGAAGUCACAAACCUACAGCAUCUCCUUUGCACCCAAGCAGUCCACCGACUGGGAGGUGAACAAGUUUGUGAUGCAAACGAAGAAGGCCGGAACAGGUGCUGGAGUGCCUCCUCCGGAUUUUGGGAUGCGCUCCACCUACCAGGACCUCUCAAGGCCUCGAAGCCUCUCAGAGCUGAAGCAUGCUCUACCUGCAUGGACUCGAGAGCGAGAAGUCUUCAAGAGUCAGCCGUCCAUGAUCAAGAGGUCCCUGAGUCAAGACACCUUUGCUGGAGAACAUUCUGGAUUCAAGGCCAUAGGCGACCGGUUUGUGCCAAUCCAUGAGCUGUCCGUGGAUCUGGGAUCCAGGGACUUCUGGUAUUCCACCUAUGGAUCAGAGCAUCGGAACUUCUUCUCAAAGCCGCACAAGGAUACACAGCGCUGGAGGAAGCGCCAUGGACCGAAGAUACUCGACCAGUUCUUCCAGGAGCUCAAUGGGCCAACUGUCACAAAGUCGACGUUUCUGAAGCCUCUGAACCUCCUGGGUACAGACCUGGAAAUGAUGGCACAGCUGCGAGAGAAGCUGCCGACGAGGUGA